UUUUUUUUUAUGAUUAAAGAAGGGAAAUGAUUAAAGAUGUAUAAGGGAAGAUGUUAGAAAUCAAGCUUAAAUUCAUUUCUAUUUUUCAUGAGUUUUUGUUCGUUGUUGAAAUGGACUUAUUGAUAUAGCCUUAAUCUAAGCUCUCAUAUCCGUGGAAACAUGGAGAGCAUGGAGAACGUGUCUGUUCCCAGUGGUGAGCUGUCAGUGUAUAAUGACUCUGUGGAUCUUUACUCACUUUCACUGGGAAACAACACCCACUCGAACUACGUUCACUACUUCCACGGUGACCUGUACAUCAUUUUACCAAUCAUCUAUUCUGUGAUCUGUGCUGUGGGACUAACAGGCAACAUGGCUGUCAUAUAUGUUAUCCUCAAAGCUCCUAAAAUGAAAACAGUAACCAACAUGUUCAUCUUGAACUUGGCAAUUGCAGAUGAUUUGUUUACCCUAGUGUUGCCGAUUAGCAUUGCUAAUCAUCUGCUCAACUACUGGCCUUUCGGGGAAGUUUUGUGCAAAGUUACCCUAAGUAUAGACUUCUACAACAUAUUCUCCAGCAUCUAUUUCCUGACAGUAAUGAGCAUUGAUCGGUAUCUGGUUGUUUGGGCGACAGUAAGGUCCAAGCGCAUGCCAUACCGCACCUACAGAGCUGCUAAAAUCAUCUCUUUCUGUGUCUGGCUCCUUGUGAUCCUCAUCGUUAUGCCCUUCACCAUUUUUGCCGGUGUCGAUGUGAAUCCAUACGAUGGAAGGAAGAGCUGUGUGCUGAUGUUACCUGAUCCUGAGAAUUUGUGGAACAAAAUGAGUCGUAUCUACACACUCAUUCUGGGCUUUGCUAUUCCAGUCUCAACAAUCUGCAUCUUGUACACCAUGAUGCUCUACAAGUUGCGGAACAUGAGGCUAAACAGCAACGCCAAGGCUUUAGACAAGGCCAAGAAGAAAGUCACCAUUAUGGUCUUCAUCGUCUUGGCUGUGUGCUUGUUUUGUUGGACACCGUUCCACCUUAGCACCAUUGUGGCAUUGACCACAGACCUGGAAAACACACCUCUGGUGAUUGGGAUCUCCUAUUUCAUAACCAGCUUAAGUUACGCCAACUCCUGUCUCAACCCAUUCCUGUAUGCCUUUCUGGACGACAGCUUCAGGAAAGCUUUUAAAAAGAUGAUGGAAUGCAGACCAGCCUGAAUGUGAAAAACAUUAAACCUGUUACAGAAGUCUUUAUUGUAUUUCAAUUUAAGCAGGUAAAGAAUGUGGCUUCAAUUUAAAAAGUUUACUUCAAUGAUUAAAGCUAAUCUCCUGAGGGGUUUGCUGCAAGUUCAAGCUACAGUUCGAAUUUUUUCACAAUGUUUUCAUUUUAAACAUAUGCAUACAGCCUUA